UUGUUCAUCGGUGAACGAUCAGCAACGUUGCAAGACGCGCGCGAUUCAUCGGAUACCUAUUUUUAAUGUGCCGCUUAUUCGUCAACGAUCCCUCUGCCAAUUUGGCAGAAAUGUACCGCGCGAUUAUACCGAAUAUACUCGAUAUUCAUGCUAUUAAGUAGUGAGUAUCCAAAGUGCUCCGUGUAUAAAAGAACGCCGGACGUAGGCUGCAUUGUCUGCUGAUGCGUUCAACGAUCGUCCAACAUGUCCCGACGUAUUUUAAAAUAAAAUUGAUCGUCAUGGUGCGUCGGUCUAUCCACGAUCCUUUGACAUGUUAAUGGAGCAACUCGGUUUCCUAUCGGCGAGAAACGAGCCAGGAAACACAGUCAGUACCGUCGACGAAUCGAUAAGGUGGAACGUGGCUUUCCAACGGUGGAGGAAUUCCAAAACCUGACCACGCGGGCACCGUACUUCUGGUUCAAUUCGAGGACGUGCGAAUAGCCAGUUUAAUCAGGAUGAUAACCUGCUGGAUAUUGACUGGUGUAUUUGGGGCUAUCGUGCUGCUCUACAGCCUAAUAGAAGUUCACUAUUUCCUACGUAUGUUCUUAACCGUGUUUCUUGCACGUUUCUGCAAAAAAAGGGUACACAUCCUCGACGAGACUACCGUCUACGGUAUCUGCAUCACUACGGAUGUGGACACGCUGCUCUAUCACAUGAACAAUGCGAGAUAUCUCCGCGAGCUGGACUUCGCCAGGGCGGAUUUUUAUGAGAGGACGAGCCUCUAUCGUGAAAUCUGCUCUCAAGGAUCCGGUGUCGUGCAGGGAGCGGCGACCAUUCGUUAUCGCCGGUUUCUCAAACCGCUGUCCGUCUUUAAAAUAACUUCCAAGAUAAUAUAUUGGGAUGAGAAAUCCGUAUUCAUGGAGCAUCGGUUCAUCACGCCUAACGACGGAUUCGUCAGGGCCAUUGCGAUGUGCAGACAAAGGCUUUUGGACUGUAGCGCCGAGGCUGUGAUCGGUUCCCUCAUGGAACGAGGCGUCAAGCAAAAUGGUAACGUGGAAGCGGGUGUUACUCAGGUACCUCACGUUCGACCGCAGAUGCCACCGGAAGUCGCCAGGUGGUUGGAGAGUAACGAAAUCUCUUCGGCGCUGCUUCGUCAGAGCUCGGCAGUGACGACGCAUUGCUGACAAAAGGAGGAUACGGCAUCCACCGCGAAUGGCGCCGUGUCUACUUCCGUCUACGCGACUACGACCGUGUAAGGUCGAAUAUUCGAUCGAUGCCGGCUUUCGUUGGUCAUCGAUGGAAUCAUCCAGCAAUCGCUUCUUGUUCGAACGACACGUGAGAUAGCUUCGAAUCAAUUUUGUCGGUGAACAGAUUACGAGUGAUCGUUAAGUUUCAAGCUUUUAUCGAUUGCAUUCUCGAUCGAGUUCGAUCGAGGAUCAAAGUGAACGAGAAGUUGAUGCUCGCCUACCUGAAAAUUGGUUCAAUGUUAUUUGCAAUAUGGUUCGAAUACGUAAUCGUAUAUAUAAUAUAAUAUAUAUAGUGAAUGUCGAAAGAAAAAGAGAGAAAAAAAGGAAUGAAUUUUCUUCGGAUCGAUGAGAAACAAAAAUCUAGAGUACAAAGGCCAAACAGAGAUGUGAAAUUAUUUUAUUAGGCAAUGAUAGAUGCGCGACUAUUGGGCAAGAUGUGUUUAGCUUCCUCGGGUGGAAGAAUUUACUAAUAGACUCAAUGAACUCGAUAACUUUCGAAACAAGUUAUGAAAACAACCUGUCCAGUGACCGUGGAACGGACUGCUAGAAUAAUAUCAAAGAAGAUUACGGAUUCUAGACCGAUUAAAUCCACUCCAAAGGAGCUUCCAAAUUU